AGGCUUAUUACGUCGAUAUGUAUAGAAAAGUGCUGGCGCAAAAUUGAAGUGGAAUCGCGUGACGAGGUAAUUUUCGGAAAAUGGCCUCGAAGAAGUUGCCGAGAAGACACACCUCGUGGGCUGAUGAAAUGGAAGAAUUGGAGAGUGUUGAAAACUCUGCUCCUUCACCUGUUGCAUGUAAGAAGAUUUCCAGAAAAGAUCGCGUGAAGAAGGAAAUCAAGAUGGAACCGUCUUCCGAUUUCGUCGGCGAUGAAGAAGACCGGAAACCGGUCGUAGGAAACAUCCGCGUGUCGAUCAAUUCGGGAAACGAAACCGAGGUGUCAUCUGGUGUGAAGUUCGAGGAAGACGAGAAUCGGAAACCCGCUGAAGUCGUUGUCCGAAACACGAGGUCUUCCUCGAGAAGAAUAAACAUGGAUGACGAGGACCGGAAGUCGCAGGGAAAGACACCGGGAUCUCGUCUUGAACACGAACCCCGGAAGCGUCCCCACGAGCGUUCGAGGGCUGCUUUCAAAUCGACUCCUACGAAAAAAGAAAAAGGCAAACUAUCCUCGGCUUCGUCGAUGGACGACAUGAGCAGCAACAACUCGGACAUGCUCAGUCCACGCCAAAAGGCCCGGAAAUUGCAGCCACGAUUCCGGUCGCGCAAUUUUUCGCAGAUUUCCAACUAUAGUUCCUCGUCGCAAGACUCGAGUGGCACGUCGACGAGGAAUAAUUUGUGGAGCGUCAACAAACAUCCGGCCGACUGUGAUCUUUCUGCGGCUCGCACGCGUUUUUAUCACACUGUGAUUCCGGAUGAUCCGGACAACCGUGAGGAAGAUCCUGACGUUUUGGUCAGGAGACAAAAGCAAAUCGAUUAUGGCAAGAAUACGCUGGCUUACGAGAGAUAUAUUUCGAAAGUCGACAAAGAUGUGCGAACAGCGGACAUGCCGUGGACGCCCAACAAGUAUCAGAAAACAUCCCGUCGAUCGUUCGACUCGCAAAUAAAGCUCUGGAAGAUCGCUCUUCACGCGUGGGACCGAGAAGCCGAAGACGACAGUGUUAAGUGAACGCCGAGACUCAAGUUGUAUUACAAGGUUAUGCCUGUUAUUAUUAUUUGAAUAUUUUGUGAAGAAUGCGAGGUAGAAGAAUCCGUUUUUGCUACGCUAUCGUAUAUUGUACAUCUUUUGUGGGUUUUUUCUAAGUGUUUUUUUUAUAUCCCGGAGAACGUAUCGGAUGAAAUUUCGGAGAUUUCAGCGUAAUUUGGUACCCGGAAUUUUUGGUUUAUCGUAUUCCUCCUUUUAUGCGUGUGAAUUUUCCUGAUCCUCGGGCUGUUGUUUUAAUGGUUUCAGGUUAUUCCGCGGUCUCGUCAAUGAAUUUUCUUUUGUGCUAGUAAAACCGAAUCUCGCAAAAUUCAGUUGCUGUUCGAAAAGCGAAUGUUCCUUCUGUGAUUCUGUAUAAUUCAGCUUUAACAAGACAGCUUUCACGGGUGAUUUUCCGAAAGCGUUGCGGAGUGAUUGGCUCCUUCGAAACCCUAGUGUUCGAGGAUUUCUCGUGGACAUUAUUGGUGUUUUGUACGAAAGUGGUGGAGAAGGGGGGGGAUUAAUCCGUGAAUCUGUUGAAGCUAUUCAGCGCAUUCGGUCUUCAGGAGAACAGUACCUGUGAAAUUUGUGAGCAACGAAACCCAGACGUCGAGGAUUGGAAUCGUGAAGAAGCUACAGCCUCGUUUCGACCUGUGCGUGGACGACAUCAUCACGCUGUGUCCAGCAGUAGUUGCCGCCCUCAUUGAAGGUCAUCUGAGGCCUCAUUUGGUCAUCCAUCCUGACGCCCUUGCCGAGUUUGAUGGGAUCAACACCCGGGAACCCAAUUGUGUUGUGUUCUGGGUGAUGCGGCGCAUCACUUGUACGAAAACCUGAGUACCGCAUUUCGCGUUUUGAUGGGUUCCGAGGAAAAGUUUCUGUUCUGUUUGGGAAAAAGAAAAUUCUGGCAAGAAGACGGUGAGCUGACUUCGGGCGUGGGACCAUUUGCAGUAGGACUCGAGUAUGCGUGUGGUGUGAGAUACGGAAGUGAUAGAGAAACCAUCGGAAUCCUAUUUCCUGGAAGGCGGGAAACGGCUCGGGAUGAAACCCGAGGAAGUUGUGAUGAUCGAGGAUGAUAUUGAAAGCGAUGAAGUCGGGGAUGAUGGGAAUACUUGUCCGAACGGGAAAGUAUUGUCCGACGGACGAUAAUCACCGUGUGAAGCCCGAUGCCGUUUUGGGCUAUCUUUGUGCUAUUAUUGACGAAUUUUUGGGUUAAACCCCUCGUUGUGUUGAAAAGACUUCACGUUGUUCGAGUGUGGUUUUAGUCAUUAUUUCUCGCGUAUAUAUCGACUUGUUUCGAGAGCGUCGGAAUUUUUUUGGAAGUGAAACUCGAUUGAUGGAAACCCGCAU